AUCGAUUAUUUGGUUUGGUUAAACAAUGGUAGCAGAUUUAGCAAAAGUGUCUUUAUAGCCGUAAUUUUCUGUAGACAAGUAUUUCUUUCAGCGAUGCUAUAAGGGACAUUGAUGAAGCAAAUAUUAGGAAAAUAAAUUCACAAUGGCAGAAGAUCUACAAAAUUACAAACUGCAGUUACAGCAGGUUGAAGCGGGGUUACUGACGGAUCCAGAAAAUGAGGAAUUGUUAAAACUGAAAGAAGGUUUAUUAGAAGUAAUUGAAUUAACCAGAGAUUUAAUUCGAACACAAUUCGAAGAGCAGAAAAAGUCGUCUUAUAUUGAACCUGCGUCCAGUGCCUCAAUAUCAGCAUAUUACGAUGAAAUUGAAGCAGCUCUUUUAGAGGCAGAAAAAUUGGUGACUACUUCGCAGAACUGGAAAGUUGGAGACAAAUGCCAAGCCAGAUGGACCGAAGAUGGCCGAUACUACGACGCAAUUAUCGAAGAUAUAACUGCCGAAGGAGAUGUUAGUGUAGUAUUUGAUGCCUAUCAAAACCGAGCAACUACUACAAUCAAAGAAUUACGGGAUUGCACCACACGAAAAGAAGUAUUUCCUUCAGCGAAACGUCAUCACCCCAAUCAAAAGGAAUAUUUGAAGAAAAGAAAACAAAAAAAGUUACUACGCUUCAAGGAAUUAGAAGAAGAGCGAGAGUCCGACAAGAAAAAAUGGCUAAGCUUCACGAAUAAGAACUUAAAGAAGCCUGGAAUGAAAGUAAGAAGUAUAUUUGCAUCUCCUGAUACUGUUUCGGGGCGUGUGGGUAUCGGAACUUGUGGAGUUUCCGGGAAAGGCAUGACUGAGUAUACGGUCGGGGAGAAAUACCGUAAGGGUUUUUAAUUUUAAAAAUAUAAUCUGUCAAUAAUAUUAUUGUGAAAUAAAACUAAUAAAAUUCGGAGUAGUCCAAAUA